UCUUCACAGUCCCACUGGUUGACGACGGAGGAGAGGAACCAGGUUUUACUUGAUCUCAAAGCUUCGGGCUGGUCGGAGUUGGGCGAAAGAGAUGCCAUCUACAAAGAGUUCAAUUUCAAAAAUUUUAAUCAGGCUUUUGGAUUUAUGACACGUGUUGCUCUACAAGCAGAGAAGAUGAAUCACCACCCGGAGUGGUUUAAUGUCUACAGCAAGGUUCAGAUAACUCUGAUUUCCCACGACUGCGGUGGACUGACCAAAAGAGACGUGAAGCUGGCUCAGUUUAUUGACAAAGCUGCUGCCUCAGUGUAA